AUGCAGGCUCUGCUGCUCUGGCCACUGGCCCUGGUGCUGUCGGUGUUGGGGCCGCUGCUGGGAGCCGGGGCCCCUGGAGGAGAGGGCUCCAGCACCCCAGCCUCGGCCAGAGAGCCGGCCACUGGUGCGGGGGGGCUCAUCUUCCACCAAGACUGGGACUGGCCGCCAGGCAGCCCACAGGAUCCCCUGUGCCUGGUGACCCUGGACCAGAAGGGCAAUAGGGGCAGCACCCCGCUUCGGGUGGCAGGGGCCCUGAGACACUACGAGCACGCCUUCCUCGAGGCUGUGCGGCAGGCGCGCUGGGGUCCCCGUGACCUGGCCACCUUUGGGGUCUGUGCCUCCAGCACCGGGCAGCCCGCCCUGCUCCCUCUGCAGCAGCUGCAGGCAUGGCUGGGGGAGCCCGCGGGACGGCGGCUGACCGUGCUGCACCUGGAGGAAGUGACCUGGGAGCCGACACUCUCACUAAAGUUCCAGGCGCCCCCACCUGGAGGAGCCGGCCCUCUAGAGCUGGUGCUGCUGGUGCUGUACCCUGGGCCUGGCCCUGAGGUCGUGGUCACCGGGCCUGGGCUGCCAGGCACCCAGAACCUUUGCUGGUCCCGGGACACGCGUUACCUGGUGCUGGCCGUGGACCACCCAGCAGGGGACUGGCAGAGCCCUGGGGUCACACUGACCCUGCAACCCCGAGGAGAUGGUGCACCCCUGAGCACCACCCAGCUGCAGGAGCUGCUGUUCGGCCCCAACCCCCGCUGCUUCACGCGGAUGACCCCGGCCCUGCUCCUGCUGCCACUGCCCGGGCCCACACCAAUGCCCGCGCACGGCCUCCUGGACCAAGUGCCCUUCCCGCCACCCAGGCCCCCCCAGGAGCAGCAGGCCAAGGAGCCACCGCCCAGCGCAGACCCCUUCCUGGAGACGCUCACGCGCCUAGUGCGUGCCCUGCGGGGGCCCCCCGCCCAGGCCUCGCCGCCGCGCCUGGCCCUGGACCCGGGCGCGCUGGCCGGCUUCCCGCAGGGCCUCGUCAACCUGUCGGACCCCGCGACACAGGAGCGCCUGCUCGACGGCGAGGAGCCGCUGCUGCUGCUGAUGCUGCCACCCGCCUCGGCCACGGCCGGGGACCCCGCGCCGCUGCAGGGCCCCGAGUCCGCGCCCUGGGCCGCGGGCCUAGCGCAUCGAGUGGCUUCCGAGCUGCGGGCCGCGGCCGCCGAGCUCCGCGGGCUCCCGGGGCUGCCCCCGGCCGCCACGCCGCUGCUGGAGCGCCUGCUCGCGCUCUGCCCCGGGGCCCCGGGGGAUUCGGGGGACCCCGGCGGCCCAGGUGACCCACUGCGCGCGCUACUGCUGCUCAAGGCGCUGCAGGGUCUGCGGGCCGAGUGGCGGGGGCGCGAGCGGAGCGGGCCCCCACGGGCACAGCGCAGCGCGGGCGCCGGGGCGGCGGACGGGCCGUGCGCGCUGCGCGAGCUGAGCGUAGACCUGCGCGCCGAGCGCUCGGUGCUCAUCCCCGAGACGUACCAGGCCAACAACUGCCAGGGCGCGUGCGUCUGGCCGCAGUCCGACCGCAACCCGCGCUACGGCAGCCACGUGGUGCUACUGCUCAAGAUGCAGGCCCGGGGCGCCGCCCUGGCGCGCCCGCCCUGCUGCGUGCCCACGGCCUACGCCGGCAAGCUCCUCAUCAGCCUGUCGGAGGGGCGCAUCCGCGCGCACCACGUGCCCAACAUGGUGGCCACCGAGUGCGGCUGCCGGUGA